AUGGUCCCCCAGGGAUCACUGGGGCUGCGCUGUCUGUGUCCUUUGGCUCAACGAAACUUCCAUAUCUCUGCUGGCACUUUUGGUGGAAUCCCCACACAUACUACGAUUCCUCCACAGCCAACUGAUCCAAAUGCCGCCCCGACAUACGUAGGAUAUCUAGCUGGAGCCAUCAAUGCAAUUCUUGCAAAGACAGCAGCAGCCUCUCAGGUCUUGGGGCUGACAUCAGAAAGCGAGGGCCCUGAAAAGCCUGUUGUGACGGAGACUUCUGAAAGCGGAGCGCCCACGAAAGCCCAAGUCCUGAAACGUACGUUUGAAAAGAGAGUUUCAAGAACUGAGGUCACCACUAAGACAAGGGCGUUAGUGAAGAAGAUUUUGAUGGCAGAGUCAUCGAGUGCAAAACUUAUGCGUAUCCAGGAGCUUAGCGCUCAUAUCAUUAGUUUCCCUCCGANCCCACUUCAGACAGCAGCAGCCUCUCAGGUCUUGGGGUUGACAUCAGAAGGCGAGGGCCCUGAAAAGCCUGUUGUGACAGAGACUUCCGAAAGCGGCGCGCCGACAAAAGCCCAAGUCCUGAAACGUACGUUUGAAAAGAGGGUUUCAAGAACUGAGGUCACUACUAAGACAAGAGCGUUAGUGAAGAAGAUUUUGCUGGCAGAGUCAUCGAGUGCAAAACUUAUGCGUAUCCAGGAGCUUAGCGCUCAUAUCAUUAGUUUCCCUCCGACCAGGAUUAUCGCUGCUCAGCAUCCCCGCCUCAUUGCUGAGUUACUUUCCGCCGUUACCUCCAAUGAAGUAAGCGCAGAACAUCGUGCUGAAGCUCGUCAGUGCUUAACGUUGUGUGGUUGUCAACCUCCAGUAAAAAGUAGAGGUGUUAAUCUACUCAGUAUCGAUGGAGGAGGUACUCGUGGCAUGAUGGGUCUUGAAGUUCUCGAACAAUUAGAACGGGUUUCCGGGAAAAAGGUUAGUGCUAUUUAA